ACACGUCCAGCCGGGUAUCAACAAACAUGGCCGCCAGAGCUUGUUAGGGGAGGCUGCGCUAGUCUUUAUAAGCCUUUUGUGCCCUAUUAAGCCACUCCACGAUGCUUCUGAGGCUGGGGAUUAUCUUGCACUUGCUCUGCCUCUCCUCCUGCACGUUAUCGAGGACUGACAAGAAGAAGAAAGCAGAAAAUAAGACAGCAGGGCAAGUGGACAAGUCUGUGGUUGAGCGCGGCCUGGUGAGUGAACAGCCAAAGUGGAAGGACAUAGUGGAGGGCCAUGGCAGCUUCCACCACAACACGGCACAGAGAGCGGUGCAGCACAUGACUCUUGCCUAUGUCACUCCUUGGAACAACCACGGCUACGAUGUGGUCAAGGUGUUUGGCGGGAAGUUCACCCACGUGUCGCCGGUGUGGCUGCAGCUGAGGUACAGCGCCGGCAACACCGCCAUCACCGGGGACCAUGACGUGGACCAGGGCUGGCUGGCGGAGGUCAAGAGGGCUGGGAAGAGUGCUGAUGUUAAGAUUGUUCCACGGCUUUUGUUUGACAGUUGGCAGCCAAGAGACUUCCGGGAACUGUACCUCUCUGAACCCAAACGCAACAGAGUCAUCAAUGAGAUCAUCAACAUGAUAAAGAUGCAUAAUUUUGACGGUAUUGUACUGGAAAUUUGGAGCCAGAUCCCGACCCAGCAGCUGCUCAACAUGUCUCCGGACUUCAUCAGGGAGUUGGGCCGCAGGAUCCGCAGCGCCGGCUACACCUUCAUCCUCGUCAUCCCUCCGGCAGUGUACCAAGGGAACUCGCCAGGAUCGUUCUUAGAGGAGCACUUCAGGUCGCUGGUGGAUGACGUGGACGCCUUCUCCCUCAUGACGUAUGAUUUUUCAAGCUUCCAGAAUCCCGGUCCAAACAGUCCUUUCUGGUGGAUGCGAGACUGCGUAGAGAAGCUGGUGCCGGAUGCUUCUUCACCCGAUCGCUCAAAGAUUCUCAUGGGCUUGAACUUAUAUGGCCUUGACUAUAGUGUGACUGGUGGCUCCCACAUCCUCAGACACCAGUACAUUGAUAUCCUUUCAACUUACAAGCCAAAGUUCAGUUAUGAUGAUGUCUCUAAGGAGCAUUUCUUUGAGUACAAAGCUAAAACAGGCCGCCACGUUGCCUUCUACCCAACGCUGCACUCCAUCGCCCUGCGAGUACAGCUGGCAAAUGACCUCGGCACUGGCAUCUCCUUGUGGGAAGUUGGUCAAGGCCUCGACUACUUCUAUGAUCUUCUAUGAGUGAUUUUUCUUGUCUUGUUUUGAAGGGAGGUUUAUGUGUGUGGGGGGGGAGGUAUGUAUUGAUUGAUGCUGCUCCUCAGCCUGUUUGAAAGUUUUUUUUUUAUUUAUUUAUUUAUUUAUUUAUUUUUUUUACUAAGCAUACCCUUUGCUUUGGCUAUAUUUAAAAGACUAACUCAAUUUAGUGAGUGUUUUCCAGCAAAUUUUCCAGCUCAAGAAAAUAUUAGAGAAAGAAAAGUAAUCUUUCAGCAGUGUGGUUCCUUUGUGUGUUGAGAUGCAAUGACUUGAUGCUUAUAAGCCAGACUGAAGCACGUGCUCAGCGUGUGUGUGUAGCAGACUGCAUUCUUAAGACUCCUUAAU